AUGUCAGAAGUAUGUCCAGACUAUCGAGAAUAUUCCAAACUGUUUCAUGGUCCAGCAAGCGGAGGUCCACUUGGUCUGGCAUUUCAACGACCAAUAGAAGCCUGUCGUCGAUUCACUAGUGAUAUCAUUAAUACAGUUAUUGAAUCUGUUGCCUCCAAAGUAAUUUCAAUUGAAUUGCAUCGAAUUGAUAUCACAGAUCUCGACCUUGCCCGUCUAUUUGUUAACGCCUUUCCUAACACGCUCGACACAACAAUCUGGCAGACAGCAUGUAUGAACCAAACAAACUGUCUGCCACUUUCAUUUAUCAUAACUGGGGACAUCAAUGCCAUGUGGCUUCGAGACUCUGCAAACCAGCUCUUACCUUACCUUGACUAUGUAAAAAAAGAUGUUGGUCUUCAGAAAUUAUUCUUGGGGGCAAUCUAUAUGCAGGCACAUUUUAUACAGCUGGACCCCUACGCAAAUGCCUUUGACCAACCCUCCAACCUUGAUCUUCUAAGCCGACCGCAGAUGAUGAAACGAGAUGUUGAAAGAAAACAAGGAGUGUUUGAACGCAAAUGGGAGAUUGAUUCACUUGGAUCUUUUCUUGGACUUUCGUACCGUUAUUGGAACACAACGCAGGAUGCUUCAUUUACAAACUCCACUUCUUGGAUUAAUGCAGUUGAACUGAUUAUUCAAACACUCGUCGACGAGCAAACGCCAACCUACAUAUCCAACCGAUUGCAAACACCCCAUUACACUUUCCAACAGCAGACCAAUAGACCAACAGAGACCCAGUUUAUCAAUGGGCGUGGAAUGCCGGUAAAGUACACCGGGAUGGUCAAAAGUCUUUUCAGACCGUCGGAUGAUGCAACUGUAUACCCGUUCUUCGUUCCCGGGAAUGCGAUGCUUUCUGUGGAGCUUGCGAAUCUAUCAAACAUGCUCCACAAAACAAAGCAGCAUGACAAAUUGGCCUUGCAGGCAAAUCAGUUAUCGCGUCAGAUUAAGAAGGCUAUCUACAAACAUGCCAUUGUUCAUCAUCCGGAAUACGGCAGAGUUUUCGCAUAUGAGGUCGACGGAUAUGGUUCUUCAUUGAUUAUGGAUGACGCAAAUGUACCCUCUCUUCUAUCUUUAAGUUUAUUAGGGUUUGUCGAACACGAUAAUCCAAUCUAUCAAAAUACUCGAAGGCUUGUUCUAUCUGACAGCAAUCCAUACUAUUUCUCUGGACCCCGAGGAUCUGGCAUAGGUGGUCCACAUGUUGAUCUGAAUUAUGCAUGGCCUAUGUCACAAAUCGUUAGGAUACUAUCGUCUUCAAAUGAUACCGAAAUAUCUGAAGCUCUGUCUAUAAUCCUACACUCUACUGAUGGAACUGGUCUUGUACACGAGUCAUUUAAUGUGAAUCGAGACAAUGACACGCCUUAUACUCGUUCUUGGUUUUCUUGGGCAAAUGGUUUAUUUGGCCAAGCAAUCUUAAAAAUUGCAAAGGAAAGACCUCAUCUUAUUUUUAGGAAAUCUCAGCUUUCAACAUUUCCUACCUCUUCAUUCCCUUUAAUUACCAUCAGAGGUGGCCCAGCGAAGAUAAUGAACAGACAAGGAUGA